CGCUAGGGCGCCGAUGCCGCUCGCCACGCUCGCCGCCGCUUUUGCCUCCGCACCGGACCUGCCUCCUCCUCCGCCACCGCCUUCGGACAACGACCUGUUCGAGAAGCUGCAAUGGCAGAUGCCUCGAUCUGUCCCGACCUCCACCGGCGCCUCGGCGCUUCAGCGCAUGCUCCUCGGCCAGCACUGCGAGGAGGUUGUCUCCACGUCGGUCUGUCCCGACCAGUUCUUCGCUUUCCUCUCGGUCGAGCCGUCUGUCGUCCUCUUCCCCGACCGGAGGACCGGCCUGCAGUACUCGCCCGGCUUCCGCUGGGUGGCGACCUUUCCGGAGUGCGCCUCGUACCUCCCGACGCAGCACGGACCGGAGCGGAACGGCUUCUCCGUCCUCGCGUCGACCGGCACCAACACGCGCGGCCACCUCGAGGCGGGCGCCGUCCUGCUGCGCUUCGAAAACACGACGUCUGCGGACCACGGCUGGCGCUCGCUGGCGGGGAAGCAGCAGUGCACGGUGCAGUGCUUACUGCGCGAUCUGCGCACGCGGGCCAUCCGCGUGCGGACGAUGCACGUGCCUUGCCCGAGCGACACGUCGGAGCGCGCACUCGCGCCCGGCAAGGCGGGCUGCGCGUCGGAGGGGGAGGCGACCAUGCUGCUGCACCCCGCGGGGAUUCGCGUGACGGACCCGGACUCGGCUCUCGAGGGGGGGUGCGCGGUGGCUCGCGAGGCGGCAGGCUUGCCGGGUGAGCAGGUGGGCGCGAC